AUGAAUGACAUAAAGGCUGUUCGCCCAACCAGUUUUCGAGGUUUGACGGGACCAUUUCAGUUUGAUGGGCACGGCUGGCGUUCAAAUGCACAUCUGAUCAUCUUGGAACUGAGUCGAAAUGGAUUCCAGGAGUACGGAUAUUGGAAUAUGGAUGAAGGAAUGGUUGUGACGAAAAAUUUCAGCCUCACAAAGCAAGAGUAUCAGUCUGAAUUGAAAGGAAAGGUGCUUCGUAUAACUACACAAGAAGAAAAACCUUAUAUGAUGUAUAAGGGGAAAACGCUGCCUGGUCAGCCAAAGUCUACUGAUCCCAAGGACUGGGAAGGAUUUUGUAUCAGUUUAUUAAAUCAAAUCAGCGAAGACUUGCAGUUUACGUACACAGUUAACUUAGUCCCAGAUUCAACAUAUGGUAAUAUGAGGAUUGUAGAUGGAGUGGAGAUGUGGGAUGGCAUGGUACAAGAACUACGAACCCGGCGUGCUGAUUUGGCUGUUGGCUCUUUCACAAUCACAUACGAUCGUGAACGCGUGAUUGAUUUCACAACUCCAUUCAUGUAUUUGGGGAUAAGCAUUAUUUAUAAACGUCCUGAAGAUAAAGAGUCACAUCUCUUUUCUUUUUUGACGCCUCUUUCACCGCCGGUUUGGGGAUAUAUUUUAGCAGCACUUAUUAUGGUCAGCUUAGUACUAUUUGUUGUGGCAAGAUUUAGUCCGUAUGAAUGGAAAGUGAAGCAUCCUUGUAAUGUGGAUUCAGAAGUUGUAGAAAAUAAUUUCAAUGUGUCGAACAGUCUAUGGUUUACAUUCGGCGCAUUGAUGCAAAAAGGCUCAGAUAUUUUACCGCAUGCUACAUCAACUCGUAUUAUUGCUGGAUUUUGGUGGUUUUUUACGCUCAUUGUCAUCUCAUCAUAUACAGCUAAUUUGGCUGCUUUUCUGACGGUUGCACGAAUGGUUGCACCAAUUGAAAAUGCUGAAGAUUUAGCAAAACAAACAAAAAUUAAAUAUGGUUCUAUACAAGGCGGUUCGACUACGGCAUUUUUUGAGGAAUCGAAUUUUUCCACGUAUAAACGUAUGUGGCAGUUUAUGAGUUCACAGAAAGGAUUAUUAAUGAAUAAUACACUAGAGGCAAUACAGCGCGUUAAAAGGGAGGAGUAUGCCUUUCUACUUGAAUCAACAAUGAAUGAAUAUUAUACUCAACGUGAUUGUGAAUUAAUGCAAGUCGGUGGAUUGUUAGACUCAAAAGGUUAUGGCAUUGGAUUACCAGAAGGAUCGAAAUAUAGAGAUCCAAUUUCUGAGGCCAUACUGAAAUUACAAAAAUCUCAAAUGUUAGAAAAAUUGAAAUUUUAUUGGUGGAGAGAGCACGACAUUGAAAAGCCAUGUGAUACAUCACCAACUAAAAGUUCAGAUGCCAAUUCACUAGGUGUUGAAAAAGUUGGUGGUUGCUUCGUCAUGCUGUUAAUCGGUAUGGCUGUUUCCUUACUUGUCGGCUUACUUGAAUUUGUAUGUAAUGCAUAUCGUCGUGUAGCCAAUAAAAAGCACAGUUUACAUGAAGAAAUUGCUCGUGAUUUCCGUUUCUCAAUGGCUUGUUCCAGUGUUCGCAGUCAGUCGGCUGAAGAUGCUACAAAUUUACCUCCUCCACCAUCUCUUAGUUGUUUAUCAAGUGACGGAGAACAGAAAAGAUCCUUUUCCGCCUCUUUAGCAUAUGCACCUUGUUUACCUGCUCCUGUUCCAGUAAUGAACGAGAAUCAUGUCGAUAAAGAAUUAAUGCGAACUAACUUUUCACAGUCAUCUCGUGUUUUGUCAGCGGAUUCAAAAAAUACUGCAAUAAUAGCCGACAGUGAACAGAAAGCUUCACCAUCUCUGGUGAACACACGAGCACAAGGAUAUGAGUGUCAAGUCGAACAAUUUCCAAACACUUACUCAGAAACAGGUCUUGUAGAACAAAAUACUCUGGAUGAAAUUGAUGUAGGUCGUGACCGGCCACACUUUGGCUAUCUGAACCCUAAUGAUGCUGAUUAUGCUCGUCGUCAACCUAUAAUGAAUCCUUCUUAUCUAGCCGAACAAAUAAGCUCAUUUGAAAGAGAACCUGGAGAGGAAUGGCGUGUUGGUCCAGCACCAGCAUUUUCGGGGACACCACCAGAAAUUGGUUUUCGUCUUGGGCAUACUACUCUUCAUGGUGGUUCAGUUGAACAGGACUCAAAAACAUCAGAUAACUGGUCUGGACCUGGGAAAUUGCUUACCGGUAGCCAGCAUGAUGUUCAACUGAAAAAGGUAUCAUGUUAA